AUGAGUUGCUGUCACCAGGAUGGACCUGGUGACUGCGUCGCCGAUCCUCGACACCCUGAGUACGAGCCCUUGCACGAGGCGGACAGCCGGCGCUACAUGCACCACGUGAUCGUGUACGAGUGCUCGGGCGAUGGCCGCAUGGAGAACCCCGAGCUGGAGGUGCACGCUCGCGACGCGGGCCAACCCUGCUACCAGCCCAACCUGCCCGACAUCUACUACAACUGCAACAGCGUCGUGGUGGCCUGGGCGCGCGGUUCCGAGGAAAAACCUGCACCGCUGGCUUUUACAAAUGGUUUCCUGCGGAGUUCAAAGGCCGAGCGGAACAAUGUGUUCGUACGGACGGCAGGAUGCGCUAUCCAAAGCGCUGCUCUCCGGGGGCGGCGCGGAAUUCGAGGCGGCGGCGUGUCGCGCCCCCUCUACCUCCUGCCGCCGCCCAGCCCGCCCCGCCGCGCCCCCGCCCGCCCCGCCGCCCCGCCGCCCCCGCCGCCCCCGCCGCCGCCCGCCGCCGGCGCCGCCGCCCCCGCCGCCCCCGCGCCCGCCGCCCGCCGCCCGCACCGCCGCCCCGCCGCCCCGCCGCCGCCCGGGCCGCCCCCGCGCCCGGCGCCCCCGCCCCGGCCCCCGCCGUCCAACAGCUGCUCCCGACGCCUCCGACCGGUCUCAGGCCAGUCGUAUUAG